CCGAAAUUUGAAAUUCCCGGGAGAAACAGGAGCCGAAGAGAUCAAAGAGAAGAAUGAUGGAUAUGUUUUUCCCACAUGAUUUGCAGGGCGAUUUCUUCUGGCACGACGUUUAUGUGGCUCCCCCGGUGAGCGAAAGCGCUUUUGCGGCGUACGCAGAAAAACCCAGAAUCGAAUUCGGGUCGGGGAGUUCCGGUGGUGUGAACGUGAACAAGAGAAUGAUUGAUUUCUUGAGGAGGAGCUGGCAUCCGAGAAUUGAAACAACAGAGGAGCCCGAGAAAGAGCGGUGUUUUCGGCACAUGAUGAACGAGCGGGUGAGGAGGGAGAAGCAGAAGCAGAGUUACAUGGCCUUGCAUUCCAUGCUGCCUUUCGGCACCAAGAAUGAUAAGAAUUCGAUAAUUCAAACGGCGGCGAAGAAAAUUGAAGAGAUGCAAAGGCGAAGGGAAGAGUUGCAGAGGCGAAAAUUAGAGGUUGAAGCAAAUUUGGCGGCGGCGACGGAAGGGGGAGCAAAGAUUAGAGUAAGGGUGGCUAAUCCUGCAUCUGGGAUUGAUUCUAUGGUGGAAGUUCUUAAGUGCUUGAAGGCCUUGGGACUCAAAACCACAACCAUCCGAUCAAAUUUCUCUGCUCAUGAGUUCUCUGCUGAAUUGCAGAUUGAAACCCAGAUUGAGGUUGCUGAAGUGGAAAAGGCGAUACAAAAAUCACUUUAUGAAGCUGAGAGGAAAUUGCUUCGCCAUUUCGAGGAAGGUUGGAAAAGUUAGACAAAAUGGGGGCGCCCAAGACCUUCCAGCGCUUUGCUUCCUGAAAGCAAACACUUUUAACUGUACGUCGGAUGUAUUUAUUUUAUAUUUUAAUAUAACUUGGUAAGCAAAUA